UCUGUAAGAAACGAACACCCCAUUGUCUCUGCUCCUGGGCUGACUGUGGCUCUGGGGAUUGUGUAUACUUGAAUCAGGUCCCCUCGCCGUGUUUGUUCGUAUCUGUUGCUGAUGGAGCACUAAAGGAAAUAUUGCGUGUAGAACACUUUAUGUGCUUUAGGUGAGACAGUGAUUUAACAGAUGACGUACACACUGCUUUUAAAUAUAGACGUGCUUUUGUCCUUCUCGGAGUUUGCCGUUCUUUAUUUCUCCUGGGGAAAGGUAGUCGAUAUAAAGCAUAUAGCUACCGUUAAGAAGUGGAGACGUCCCGAACAAAACAGGGGAACUGUAAAAAUAUGCGUUCUGUUCUCCAAAUGGCCGGUUCUCCUGUCCAUCAACACCCAGCGCUCGGGUCAGGGGGCGGGGCCGCAGCCGUGACCCGGAAGCGCUGGCGCGGCUGCGUGUGUAGAGAGGGGGUAGCGUGAAGCUAGGUUCUCCGCGAGCGAGCCCUGUGCAGUAUGUGCGUACUGAUCGCUCGCCAUGGCAGCGCGGUCUCGAACCCGGAGCCUGCAGGUGGUGGACACGGAGCUGAGCGCCGACGCAGUGGAGUGGUGCCCGGUGCCAGGCUGGCACAGCUGGCUGGCCUGUGGGACCUACCAGCUGCUGAGACCCGUAGAGAAGGCUGGUGCAGAGACUGAUCCCCCAGUCCGCGUUGGGCGGCUGUACCUGUACCAGUUCAGUCAGGAGGGGGCACCGUCUCCCCCACUACAAGAGCUGCAGCGCAUAGACACCCCUGGCAUCUUGGACAUCAAGUGGUGCCAUGUGCCCGUGUCAGAUCGGCCCUUGCUGGGCUCAGCCAGUUCUAGCGGAGAGUUGCAGCUGUACAGGCUGGGAGGCACACAGGAAGCCAGCUGUGCCCUGGAGGCGGUCUCUAGCCUGGAGUUAGGCCCUGAUAGGCUGGCACUGUCCCUGGACUGGUCCAGUGGGCGGGGAGACAGCGCGGGGCUGAGGACAGUGUGCAGUGACUCUCAGGGCUGUGUCAGUGUGGUGUCUGUGGACGGCGCAGCACCGACUCUCCUCUCCCAGUGGACGGCCCACAGUUUUGAGGCCUGGAUAUCUGCCUUCAGCUACUGGGACACGCAGCUCCUGUACUCAGGUGGAGAUGACUGCAGACUGAAGGGCUGGGACCUGAGGGUGGGAACCUGCCCUGUGUUCACCAGCAAAAGGCACUCCAUGGGCGUGUGCAGUAUCCACAGCAACCCGCACCGCGAGCACAUCCUGGCUACAGGCAGCUACGAUGAACACGUGCUGCUGUGGGACGGCCGAUCCCUGCGCGAGCCUCUCGCCGACAGCGCGCUGGGGGGGGGGGUGUGGAGGCUGAAGUGGCACCCCACUCAGCAGCGCCUCCUGCUGGCUGCCUGCAUGCACAACGACUUCCAUAUCCUGGACUGCCACCCCGUGCUGGACGGGAGCUCCGGACACUGUCCUGUCCUGGCCUCCUACAUCCUGCACAACUCCCUGGCCUACGGAGCGGACUGGUCCCGCCUGAGCCUGGGGGAGCCCCUGCCCCAGACGCCCCCCCAAGAAGAAAGAGACGAGGAGGAGGAGGAGGAGGAGGAGGAGGAGGCAGCCCAGGUGGGGCACGUGCGCAUCCAGUACGAGUCGCCGACGGGCAGCUUCGACACCUCCCUCGAGGACGAGGCGGGGCGCUACAUCCCCGACGCCCUGCCCCCCCGGGCGCCGGCCCCCCCCGCCCUUCCUCCUCCGCGCCCCUCCGACGCCGACGCCCCCCUCUCAAGCCUGCUGGCCAGCUGCUCCUUCUACGACCACGUGCUUCACGUGUGGCGCUGGGACUGGCGCCGGGCCGCCGGGAGGGAGGGGUCCGCCCCCGCGCCACGCGGCACCCCCCCAACUGGGCCAGAGCGGGGCGCCGACCAGUCCUAGCAGACAGGCAACAGGUCAGUGCCAGCCUGCCUGGGGGGCUGCCGUCCAGUCAGGGGACACUGGCCCACCUCUGCCCUCUCUGCUACAUCGCGGCUGGGGCAUCCACCGAAACCGCCCCGCGCUCUUUCGAUCCAAAGGCUUCCCGUUAAGAUUCCGGCCCUUCACAUUCCCCAACCGGCCCCCGCGCGCUUGUACGGCAACGGGACUGGGACCGCGAUAAUGCGUUCGGGGAAAACCGGAGCGUUUACACCUGAAGGGGCGCCAGGCCCUCCCCCCUUCUCUUCCCCCCCCCCCGGAUGUAACGGGGAUGGGCGACUCCCCGAUCCUGGCGGGCUGGAACCCUGCAGGUUUUACAGGACUUCCGUCAGCCCUCGCCACCGCCCGAAAAACGAGCCACCCCAAAGACCUGGAGAAUCGGCUCCGCUCAAUCAGAUCCGAGGCGGAAGGAGAGCCUGAGCCGCCCCCGAUUUCCCAGUGCUGACGAGCCCUUGAGCUGCCAGUCGGGUCCCCCCCGUGAUGAAUUCAAGUAACGAGGGCCUUCCUGCAGCAGAGCAGACGAGAGGGCUCACGCUGCGAGAAUUGCAGCUUCAAAACCGGCGGGAUUGUGGGGGGCUCUGGCCGUACCUGCUGUAGUUUGGGGGUACGGGGUGGAAGUGGGGAUAGGAGUUGCUUUACAGAUGAUAAGACACCAGCAUUGGUGAUCGCUGAGGACUGGAGUUCAGUAUCCUGUUUCCAGCAGUGGAGAGCUCAUCCAUCUCCAUCAUUAACUGCUCCUUUUCCUUCAUUUUUCUAAAGUCUAAACUGCAUGGCAAGGCCGUUACUUGUUCAUACUCUGGAGGGCUACCAAACCUGUACAGGGAAUGCAGUAACUGUGUAGCAACAGCAUUAAUAAAGACAUCCUUUUGGUA